AUGGAGAGCCUGGAGGAAACUGAACUCUGCUUUCCACAGCUCCUUAAUGCUUCAUGCAGGAAGAUGCCACAUCCUAAAUAUGUAUCGAUGCUCAUUUACACCAUACUUUCGAUUAUAUGUGUGAUCACUGCAUCUCUCAAUCUGCUGGUCAUCAUCUCCAUCUCACACUACAAGAAGCUCCACACCCCCACUAACCUUCUUCUGCUCUCCUUGGGGGUCUCAGAUUUCUCCAUUGGCCUCCUCAUGGUGUUUCAAAUCCUCAGCAUAGAUGGCUGUUGGUUGUUGGGGGACUUUGUGUGUGGUUUUUAUUUAGUCUUAGACUACACUUUCACUUCUGCCUCAAUAGGAACCAUGGUGCUCAUAUCUAUUGACCGCUAUGUGGCUAUCUGUUAUCCCAUGCAUUACCCUAACAUGAUCACUUACAGAAGGACUGAAAUCUGCGUGUCUAUAUGUUGGAUGUCCUCUCUAAUCUUCCAUUGUAUCAGGUUUAAAGAUAACCUGAAACACAUGGGCAUGUAUAACUCUUGCUAUGGAGAGUGUGUGGUUGUAAUUGAUUAUGUAUCAGGCAUCAUUGAUCUGUUUUUCUCUUUCCUCGGUCCCGUCACUGUUAUCGUGGUCCUGUAUAUGAGGGUGUUUGUGGUGGCCGUGUUUCAGGCACGAGCCAUGCGCGUUCACACCAAAGCCAUCACGCUGCAGUUCUCAGUGAGCAUAAUCACCAAGAAAUCUGAGAUGAAGGCAGCCAGGACACUUGGUGUCGUGGUGGUCGUGUUUCUAAUCUGUGUCUGUCCAUAUUUUUGCGUGGUACUUACUGGUCAGGACACGACGCUCGGCUCUACGUCUUCUGCCUUUAUAAUCAAUCUGUUUUACUUUAACUCCUGUUUAAACCCUCUCAUCUAUGCAUGUUUUUACCCAUGGUUCAGAAAAACCAUCAGGCACAUUAUAACACUCCAGAUCCUGAAGCCUGACUCAUGUCAGUCCAACAUACUUUAG